AUGGAAAUGCUACUGUUUGGUGUCUGGGCCCUGCUGGCCCUGAUUCCUUCCCCAGGGGCUGCAGAAGACCUAUUUGAGGUUUCUGUUUGGCCACAUCAGGCCCUUGUAAAGUAUGGGCAGUCCCUAAUGGUCAACUGCAGCACCACCUGUCCAGACCCGGGACCCAGUGGAAUUGAGACCUUAUUAAAGAAAACCCAGGUGGGCAAAGGGCUUCAGUGGUAGGAGUUUCUCCUGGAAGAUGUCACACAGAAUUCCAUCCUGCAGUGCUUCUUCUCUUGUGCAGGGAUCCAAAAGGACAUAAGCCUUGGCCUCACUGUGUACCAGCCACCAGAGCAAGUGAUCAUGGAGCUGCAGCCUGAAUGGGUGGCUGUGGAUGACAGCUUUACAGUGACAUGCCACGUGCCCAGUGUCACACCCCUGGAAAACCUCACCCUUACCCUUCUCCAGGAUAACCAAGAACUACAUAGGAAGAGUUUUAGGAGCUUGGCUGUGGCCUCGCCAAGAGCUGAGGUCACCAUCAGUGUCAAAGCCCAAAGGGAGGAUGACAGGUGCAAUUUCUCCUGCCAUGCAGAACUGGACCUGAGUUCACAUGGUGGAGGGCUCUUUUGCAGCAACUCAGCCAUCAAGGUGCUCCGAAUCUUUGAAUUCUCUCAGAGCCCCCAAAUCUGGGUCUCUUCACUUCUGGAAGUUGGGAUGGCAGAGACCAUGAGCUGUGAGGUAGCUAGCGUGUUCCCAGCUGAAGAGGUAACGAUCCACAUGUUCCUGGGAGACCAGGAGCUUAGGCCCUUCCUCUCCUGGGACGGAGACACAGUAUGGGCCGAUGCCAGUGUUCGGGCCAUGGAGACUGGGGAUCAGGAGCUGUCUUGCCUUGUAUCUCUGGGUCCAAUGGAACACAAAACAAGAGAGCCACCAGUGCAUGUCUAUAGCUUCCCUCCGCCAAUCCUGGAGAUAGAAGAAUUAUACCCAUUGGCAGGGACAGAAAUUAAUGUGACCUGCUCAGGGCACGUAUUAACAUCACCCAGCCCUACUUUUUGGCUUCAGGGAGCCCCAGAUCUCCCUGCCCCUGGGGAGCCUGCCUGGCUUUUACUUACCGCCAGGGAGGAAGAUGAUGGCCGAAAUUUCUCCUGUGAGGCCUCUUUGGAGGUUCAGGGUCAGCAGUUGAGCAAAACCACUGUGAUCCAACUCCAUGUCCUAUACAAGCCACGAUUAGAGGAAUCUGGUUGCCCUGGCAAUCAGACCUGGUUGGAAGGGAUGGAGCAGAUGCUUGCCUGUGUCCCAAAGGGAAACCCAACACCAGUCUUGUUGUGUACCUGGAAUGGAACGAUCUUUGACCUUGAAGUGCCACAGAAGGCAACCCAGGACCACUCUAGAACCUACUGCUGCACAGCCACUAACCAGCUGGGCUCUGUCAGCAAAGACAUUGCUGUCACUGUUCAAGGACUGGAUGAAGGAGGCGGUUCCACCAUCUUCGUCAUUAUUAUUGUCACCCUUGGAGUGGGUGUCAUCAUCAUAGCACUGUAGUUGAACUAUCGGCCCUGCAAGAUAGAGAGGAGGAAAUUGCCCUAUAGGCAGAAGGAGAAGAACAAAGAAGAGGAAAGCCAGUUUGCUGUUCAACAAGCAGAAAAGCACAAUGCACAGAACUGUUAG